AUGAAUUCUAUGACUGCAGCAGGCCCCAAGGCAAAUUCUGUGUUUGUGGUGGCACCCCACAACAAAUACCCUGUGGCCCCAGGAGUCAUGUCUCAGGUGCCCUUGGGUCCAGACAACCAGCCCCAAGUCCACCUGAUUCCCGGGAAUUCAGUUGGCUUGGUAUCAAGUACGAAUGAGCUGUCUACUCAUAAACCUUUGAAAGAAGGCAAAGCCUUAGGGGCUGUCCAGAUCCUGAGCCUGGCGCACCUAGGCCUCGGCGUGGUCAUGGCCACCCUCCGCUCCGAGUACUACGUCCCCAUCUCCUUCUAUGGAGGCUUUCCCUUCUGGGGAGGCAGCUGGUUUAUCAUUUCAGGAUCACUGUCAGUGGCGGCAGAAAAUCAGCCCAAGUCUUCCUGCCUGCUGAACGGCAGUGUGGGCGUGAACAUCUUCAGUGCAAUCUGUUCUGCAGUUGGAAUCGUACUGUUCAUCACGGAUAUAAGUAUCAUCAGCACACAUAAACUCCCCAACUAUUAUGUCCCCUUUGAGACCAGGGGUGUGAACCCUGAGAUGGCUAUUUCUGGUAUGCUGCUCAUCUUCUGCACCCUGGAGUUCUGCAUUGCAUGCACAUCUUCCCACUUUGGCUGCCAGUUGACCUGCUGUCAACACAACAAUGUGGGUCUGGUCAUCCCAAAUGUCUAUGCAGCCACAGUGGUAAUCCCAGAACCAUCGUGUUAUUCCAAUGUGAUCCAAGGCUCCAGAUAA